AUGCUGAAUCCAAGCGAAUACCACUGGCAUGUACUUUUGCAAAUAGAUGUGAUAUCGAUACAACGAGCCGGUGAAGGCCUAUUCCAUGCGCCUCAUGCAAAAAAUCACCAAUACAAACAACUCAAUUCGAUUAACUUGCUAGAAUCUGAUCGAACAACUCUAACUGCUGAAGAAUGCGAUCUACUUCCACAAGUCGACGACCCAUUCGACGAAAAUCCAUCAUCUGUUUCUCAACAUUUGACUAUGUCAUUUACGAAAAUCAAUCGGCAAGUCAUCUCCAUUUAUGAAUACAAUGAACAACAAGCUCGACGAUAUUUUUUCAAUUUAGUUCAAUAUCUCUUCACUGUCAAUGCCACGAUCGUCUCCACGUACGACGAAGGAUCAUUUCAAGAAAUGAUACAUUUGAUUAUACAACGCAGGGAAGUAGCACUUCCUCAACGAGUUUGUUUUUUCUAUGUUUGUUUUGAGAGAAAAAUAACAACAAUCAAUUCUCAUAACUGA